GACUAAUGCCGUGACGUGAAGUGUCCUACAAAAAUUAACCUGUGGGAUCAUUUAUGUUUCCCCCUAGUCAUUAUUCUGCAUGGCAACAUUCACACUGACAGCUGAGAACCAGGAUGUUUUAACGUGAACAAGCGAUUGAAGGUAUAUUUAGAGAAUCGUGCCCCCUCCAGGCCACGGACAGUGCCCGGCGAAGGGUGAGUGGCACCGGGUAGGUGCUGCAACCACGUGACAGAACACGUUGCACUUUAACACGGUUUGGAGCGAGAUACAGCGGGCUGAUCGCUGGCUGCGGGGUCCGGCCAGCUGCACUUACUGGGGUGUGAUGUGAGCACUCCCACACCGAAAUGGAGUUUCUUGUAAGAUACAGUGAAGCAAGUGAUUCGAUACGUACCACAAUAAGCUCUGAUAUGUUAGAGGAUGAGGAAAAGGCAUUAAGGGAUGACCUAAAAUACUACUUCAUGAGUCCCUGUGAGAAGUACAGGGCACGUGGGCAGAUCCCAUGGAAGCUUGGAGUUCAGAUACUGAAAAUCAUUAUGAUCACCACACAGCUUAUCCUUUUCGGCUUGAACAAUCAACUUGUGGUUUCCUAUAAGGAGGAGAACACGGUGGCUUUCAAGAGUUUAUUCCUGAAAGGCUACACCGGUGUUGAUGAAGAUGAUUACAGCAUCGCCCUAUACACGCAGCAGGCAGUUUCCGACAGUCUGUUCCACGUGAUAGAGCAAUAUGCCCAGUUAAAGGACCUCUCCGUUGGACCGGUGAAUUAUGCUCAGAAAGAUGACACGUGGUGGCCCAUCAAGAUCUGCAAAGAGCACUACGAGAAAGACAGCGAAGAAUUAUACAACAUCAAAGCCCAAACUGAAAAAAUUUGCUUGGAAUUCAAUCCAGUCACGCUGAAUGAUGACAGAUGGAAGCGUGACAACGCGUCUUUCUUUGUGCUGGAUUUUUACAGGCUGGUCAACGUUAAGAUCACGUUCAGGCUGAAAGCAGUCAACCUCCAAACGAUCCAAGUGCGCGAACUACCGGACUGUUAUGAUUUUCUCGUCACGAUUGCUUUUGAUAAUCACUGCCACAGUGGACAAAUCAAAGUGUACUUUGAUAUCAAUGCUCUCAGCAGCAUAUGCAAAAACUGGAAGAUUUCCGGAACAGCCCAGAAGAACCCGCAUUAUCUUCUGGUGUUUGAUAGCAUCAUUAUUAUGGUCUGUCUGUCAUCUGCGGUGCUCUGCACUCGCUCUAUCUUCCUGGCAGUGAAGCUGCUGCAGAGGUUUUCCAGGUUUUUCCACGUGAACUUUAAACGCGUGGUGUGUGAGGACGACCAACGCGAGUUCUUGAACGGCUGGUACGUCAUGGUCAUCAUCAGUGAUUCUUUGGCCAUAGUGGGGUCUAUCUUGAAGAUGGAAAUACAGUCCAAGAAUCUCACAAGCUAUGAUGUCUGCAGUAUCUUCCUUGGAACGUCCACGUUGCUGGUGUGGGUGGGAGUGAUCAGAUACUUGGGCUACUUCCAGAAAUAUAAUGUGCUCAUCCUCACCAUGAAGGCCGCCUUCCCCAAGGUCCUGCGCUUCUGCUGCUGUGCAGGCAUGAUCUACCUCGGAUACACCUUCUGCGGCUGGAUUGUCCUUGGACCUUACCAUGAAAAGUUUGAGGGCUUGAGCCGAGUCGCCGAGUGCCUGUUCUCCCUGGUGAACGGGGACGACAUGUUCCCCACGUUCGCUCAGUUCCAGGAGAAGAGCAUCCUGGUCUGGCUCUUCAGUAGGGUAUACCUCUACUCCUUCAUCUCGCUCUUCAUCUACAUGGUGCUCAGCCUCUUCAUUGCUCUCAUCACCGACUCCUACGAAACCAUAAAGAAUUACCAGAAGAAUGGUUUUCCUAUGACUGACCUUCAGAAGUUCCUGAGCGACCAGAGGGAUUUUCCUUGCUCUGAGGGACCAAGAGAAAUCAACUACUGGGGGCUUUGCUGCUGCAAAAGGCUCCCGAAAGAUGAUGGUAUCUUGCUUAUCUGCUGAAAAUGGCUGUUCUGGAUGGCAGGAAAUGAGGGUGGACCUCUCUGAGUUUGAGACCAAAAACACAGAUAUCACUGGGGGUUGGGCUGGGCUAUGCUGAAGAACACGGCCACCUGAGAACCCAGAGACGACCUAAGACACCUGAAUGUUGAAUGCUACAUAUUGCUGGUCAACAGCAGAACUGGAUAGUUCAGAUCCAGAAAGUAAAAAUCCAGACCAAGAUUUUGUUUAAACAAAGUCAUAAUCCUCAAUGAGUUGGUUGAAACCAAAAUCUUGGUCUGGAUUUUUACUUUCUUGACAUGAACUAUCCACCUCUGGUCAACGGUAGCCUUUCAAGCUCAGAAUACACAUUUAUUCACUGCAAAAGGGAUUACUGUGCCUGGUGAUUUAUAGGGUCAAUCAGUCAUAAUGCAAAGGCAAUUUUUGCCCUCUGUAGGCAGAAAGAUGUUGACCCCAAGGUCCUGGUGCGAUGCUCUGAUUUGCUGAUGGUUUCUCUUGCCCGUUAGUCAGUUGUUUUAUACAUAUUUGCAAUCUGUAUAUUUGUAUUGGCGUGCUACCUGCAUAGGUGCACCUUUGCUGAAAAGUGCAAUAAUUUCUGUUCACGUCUUGCUUGAUCUCAAUGGAGACUGAAUAUACUUAAGUGUUUACACCAAGCUGUACGUGUGCACCGAGUCUUGCUUUGCCUGUGUCUGCAUAAAAGCUGUUGUGUCUUUUAA